CGGAGCCCGCACGCCGCCCUGCCCCGGUUUCGUUCCGCGGCGGGGGGCUCGGCGCGUGGAAAGAAUUCCGGCGGCCGCCACGACUCGCGUGCAAGGUGAAGGCAGGUUGAGUGGUGCCGGAGGACAGACCUCGCCAUUCGAUCGUAUUUAGAAGAUAGCCACCCUCUCGGAAGGGAAAGCUACAGUGGCCGAAGAAGCUGUGAUCUUUCAAGCAGGGCGCUGCCACUGGAGCACAGAGGAGGGUAUACAGAAGACAGCACGGACUGGAAGAAAGACUGAUGAAGAGAAGUAACGGCAUGAUUGAGGUGAUGGAGAUGAACGGGAACACACGGAGAAGCUAGUAUCCUGCAGGAAGCCAAGAUGAGGAGAGUCUUUUUAAAAUAAUCCAAGGAAGAAACCUGUCCAGAAAUGAGGCGACUUAAUGUUCAGACACCAUUGCAUCGAGUGUUUUAAAACUGCCCUGACCAUCUUGCCAAAUGAGUCUCUGCUCAUGAGACCCAACAAGAUGAACCAGCCAAGGAGGGAUGGUGUCUUGCCCUGUCGGAACAGUGACUGCUGACGUCUGAGAGCGAGCUGGGGGCGCCAAAUGUUGUCUGCCAGUACCAUGAAGGAAGUGGUUUACUGGUCACCCAAGAAGGUGGCAGACUGGCUGCUGGAGAAUGCUAUGCCAGAAUACUGUGAACCUCUGGGGCAUUUCACAGGCCAGGACCUAAUCAACCUAACCCAAGAGGAUUUCACAAAGCCCCCCCUGUGCCGAGUCUCCUCUGACAAUGGGCAGCGGCUCUUAGACAUGAUAGAGACCCUGAAGAUGGAGCACCAUAUAGAAGCGCACAAGAAUGGCCACGCCAACGGACACCUCAGCAUUGGCGUCGACAUUCCCAACCCUGACGGCAGCUUCAGCAUCAAGAUUAAACCCAACGGAAUGCCAAAUGGCUUCAGGAAAGAGAUGAUCAAGAUCCCCAUGCCGGAACCUGAGCGCUCCCAGUACCCCAUGGAGUGGGGCAAGACUUUGCUGGCCUUUCUUUAUGCACUGUCCUGUUUUGUUCUCACUACAGUGAUGAUCUCGGUCGUCCAUGAACGAGUGCCUCCUAAGGAGGUACAGCCUCCGCUACCGGACACGUUUUUUGACCAUUUUAACCGGGUGCAGUGGGCGUUUUCUAUUUGCGAAAUUAACGGCAUGAUCCUUGUAGGACUCUGGUUAUUUCAGUGGCUGCUCUUAAAAUACAAGUCUAUUAUUAGCAGAAGAUUUUUCUGCAUAGUUGGCACGCUGUACCUGUACCGGUGUAUUACAAUGUAUGUAACUACACUCCCAGUACCCGGCAUGCACUUCAACUGUUCUCCGAAGCUCUUUGGAGACUGGGAAGCUCAAGUGCGGAGGAUAAUGAAGCUCAUUGCUGGAGGCGGCUUGUCCAUCACGGGCUCGCACAACAUGUGUGGGGACUAUCUGUACAGUGGCCACACAGUCAUGCUAACGCUCACCUACCUGUUUAUCAAGGAGUAUUCCCCUCGGCGGCUCUGGUGGUACCACUGGAUUUGCUGGCUCCUCAGCGUCGUUGGAAUCUUCUGUAUUCUCUUAGCGCAUGACCACUACACUGUGGACGUGGUGGUAGCCUACUACAUCACCACAAGACUCUUCUGGUGGUAUCACACGAUGGCCAAUCAGCAAGUGCUAAAGGAAGCUUCCCAGAUGAACCUCCUGGCCAGAGUGUGGUGGUACAGGCCAUUUCAGUACUUUGAAAAGAACGUCCAAGGGAUUGUACCUCGAUCUUACCAUUGGCCGCUCCCCUGGCCGGUAGUCCACCUUAGUAGGCAAGUUAAAUAUAGCCGGCUGGUAAACGACACCUAACAGCCUCGCCGCCUAGGGGAACGAGGAAUGGUCCGAAGUGCUAAGAACUCCAUGAGAGAAGACGCCAUAGAGUAACCACCUCCCCUGCUAUCUCUCAAGUUACCUUGACUGAACCCAUUGAGUUAUCUGCUCAGCACUGUGAUCUUUUUUUUUCUCUCCAAAGGACCCGCGUUGGACAACAAUAAAGAAAAUUUACCAUAUCAUGCACUGUACACAUUUCCUGUUGUUAAGCUUGGGGCUUCUAUACCGGGCAGCCACCAUGUCCCUUGUGUCAUCCAGCCACGCCACCGCGCGCGUCUGUAUCCUAAGCGCUGGCCUUUCCAGCCACAUCUGGAAAUAAAGUGUGUUAUUUUCUUGGGAAAAGAUACUUUUCAUAUAUCUCUCGCCCCAAAGACAGGGCUGUAAGCCAUUUUCUAGUAAAUGUCUCUAUGAAGGGUCCUAUGUGUCUGAAUGGGAGUUGACUCAGAAUCUCUGCCAACUACACCGAGGCUCGGCUGAAGACGCUAGGUGCAGAGAGGUUUGGUACCUGGGGUUUUACACAGUCAGCAGAGAUGGUGUAUCAAAAGUGCAAAAAAGGAUUCUGUUAUAAAGCGAUUUUUCUAAGUAUUUCCUAACUUUAUUUUUCAAAAUGAUGUUAUGAAAACCAAAUUUAAAGAUUUUUACAUGUCACAGAAAAGAGAGUUAAAAUUUAAAGAUGCUUCUUGGGAGAGAAAUUUGUCUAUGUUUCUAGUGCCUUUCUUGUCUUGAUUGUAUGGUCGGUUGGUAGGCAAUCUUAAAUGUUUUUAUUUAUUCCAUGAAAAUAUAAAUGUAUGUAUACACUACUAAAUUUCGCAUUUAUAGCUAAAUUAAAGCGAAAGACUGCUAAUGGUUUGAAAACGGUUUUGAACUGAAGAACGGGGGUGUGAAGUAGCGUCUGCGUCUAUUCACAUAUUGUGAGCAGACAGCACUGACAAGUGCCACUGAAAUUCUUCUAUGGAUUUGGUAGUUUGGUUUUAACUACUCAAUAAAAACAGCCAUGAAUAUCUUUUUUUUUUUAAAAAGAGAGUUUGGAAAAUGAUCACUUACCUGAAACUUGAAAGCUAUAGUUAUCCACACUCUCAUGACAGGUUUGCUGGUGAGCAACAACAGCAAAAAGAGAGCUAUUUCUUUACAAUAUAUUUGUGCAGAAACCGCAUGUAACUCUGAGUUUUACUCCUGACAUACGUAUGUUUGGGGAAGUAUUCUACUCUAUACUUGCCAACGUGGAGAACAAAAUAGUUUUCUAAGAGUGAAGAAGUAUAUAUAUAUAAAUAUAAAUAUAAAUAUAAUAUCCUUUCUGUAUUUUAUGUGCAGCAGGAUUACCUUCUGUAGGUUUCGUGUGUGUGCACGCGCGUGCAAGAGUGUGUAUGCGCGUGCAUGUAUGUGUGCGUGUGCGUGUGUGUGUGUGUGUGUGUGUGUGUGUGUGUGUGUGUGUGUGUGUGUGGUGUCUCCUCACAAGGUGAUAUUUGUAUUGUAAAACAAUAAUGGUGAAGGAAAUAAAAAGGCUUUUAAAUUUUUGUUUGUUUUAAAUCUUUGUAAAGUUAUUAUUCCAGAGAGUAUACUGAUAAUCUUACAACUUACCUAAAUCAUAAAUUAAUCAAAAUGCACUUUUUAAUAAAAACUUAUACUGAAA